GGAAGCUGCUGCGAUGCGCUCCGGCGGGGUCAAGUUGGAAUAAAGGGGGAGAAACGGCUCCGGUCAGACGGGAAAGAGAGGGAGGUUUUCCCCGCUGACAAACAUGACUGACUGGUGACAAAGGAACCGGGGAGCCCCCCUCUUCGUGGCUGCGCCUGGCACCCGCUAGAACUUGGUGUUUUUUUUUGGAGAGGCUCAUUUUCCCGUGCUCAGCCAAAUAUUUUCAUCCAUCCCUGCGUUUUUCUUCUGGAGCAGCACAAUGCCUGUCCGGAGGGGUCAUGUUGCGCCUCAAAACACCUUCCUGGGAGUAAUUAUUCGCAAAUUCGAGGGACAAAAUAAGAAAUUCAUCAUAGCCAAUGCCCGGGUGCAGAACUGCGCUAUCAUCUACUGUAAUGACGGCUUCUGUGAGAUGACGGGCUUCUCCCGGCCGGACGUCAUGCAGAAGCCGUGCACAUGUGACUUCCUUCACGGCCAGUUCACCAGUCGGCACUCCGUAGCCCAGGUGGCCCAGGCGCUACUGGGCUCAGAGGAGCGCAAGGUGGAGAUCACCUACCACCGAAAGGAUGGUUCAAACUUCCUCUGCGCCACCCACAUCAUCCCGGUGAAGAACGAGGAGGGCGUGGUCAUGAUGUUUAUCCUCAACUUCGAUUACAUCCUGGACGAGGGCAGCAGCGACUCGCUGGAGAGACUCAACCACACCUCACCGUCCAAAGCUGAGCAACGGAAAGGGAGAUUCUUUCGCUUCCGUUUCCCGGCCUUACCUCUCCUGGGCAUCAGCAAGCAGUCCUUGCCCCAGGAAGACCCCGACGCCGUCAUGGUGGACUCCCCUCGCAACAGCGACGGCUCGGUGGCAACGCACGACUACCAGCUCCCCACCACCCGCGAGAGCUGCAGCCCCACUUACGCGAAUGACACCCGGGCUCUCAUCGCCCCCAGCCACUGCUCCACCCCUGUGUCCGGGCCUUUGGACCACUCGUCGCCCAAAGGCCCCUGGGACAGGAUGUACCAGGACCGAGCCAUCACCCAGAACCAACACCAGAGCCAGGAGGACACGUUUAUCGCUGCCCCGUCAAUUCCAGGCCUCACGCCAACCGCCUCCAGAGAGAGUGUGUGCAGUAUUCGCAGAGCCUCAUCCGUGCAUGACAUGGAAGGCUUUGGGGCCAACUCCAAGAUGGCGUUCAGAGACAGACAUGCCAGUGAAGACAACGGCCGCAACAUAAAAGUAUCUCGCUCCUGGAUGGCUGGCGGCCCGCUGAGCCAGAUCAAAUCCAGCCUGCUCGGCUCCACCUCCGAUUCCAACCUCAACAAGUACAGCACCAUCAACAAGAUCCCGCUCAUCACGCUCAACUUCUCCGAGGCCAACAACGAGAAGAAGUGCCCCUCGCCGCCAUCCUCCGAGAAAACCAUCAUCGCCCCGAAAGUCAAGGACCGCACGCACAAUGUCACCGACAAGGUCACACAGGUUCUGUCUCUGGGCGCAGACGUUCUCCCCGAGUACAAACUCCAGACGCCGCGUAUCGACAAGUGGACCAUCCUCCACUACAGCCCCUUCAAAGCCGUGUGGGACUGGCUCAUCCUGCUGCUCGUCAUCUACACUGCCAUUUUCACACCCUACUCUGCCGCCUUCCUCCUCAAUGACAUCGAGGAGCAGAGGAGGCGGGAGUGUGGCUACUCCUGCUCGCCGCUAAACGUGGUGGACCUGAUUGUGGACAUCAUGUUUAUUGUGGACAUCCUCAUCAACUUCAGGACCACUUACGUCAACAUCAACGAGGAGGUGGUGAGCCACCCGGCCAAGAUCGCCAUCCACUACUUUAAGGGCUGGUUCCUCAUAGACAUGGUGGCCGCCAUCCCAUUUGACCUGCUCAUCUUCGGCUCAGGAUCGGAUGAGACCACCACUCUGAUUGGUCUGCUGAAGACAGCCCGUCUCUUGCGGCUGGUGCGGGUCGCCCGCAAGUUGGACCGCUACUCAGAGUAUGGCGCCGCCGUCCUAAUGCUGCUCAUGUGCAUCUUCGCCCUCAUCGCCCACUGGCUGGCCUGUAUCUGGUACGCCAUCGGCAACGUGGAGAAGCCUUACCUGGAGCACAAGAUCGGAUGGCUGGACAACCUGGGGGUGUCGAUAGGAAAAAAGUACAACUACAGUGACCCCAGCUCAGGCCCCUCCAUCAAAGAUAAGUACGUCACGGCGCUCUAUUUCACCUUCAGCAGUCUGACCAGUGUGGGCUUUGGGAACGUCUCCCCCAACACCAACUCUGAGAAGAUCUUCUCCAUCUGCGUCAUGCUCAUUGGAUCUCUAAUGUACGCCAGCAUCUUUGGGAACGUGUCUGCCAUCAUCCAGCGGUUGUACUCGGGCACAGCCAGGUAUCACCUACAGAUGCUGCGGGUCAAAGAGUUCAUCCGAUUCCAUCAGAUCCCGAACCCGCUCCGGCAGCGGCUGGAGGAGUACUUCCAACACGCCUGGACGUACACCAACGGCAUCGACAUGAAUAUGGGUUUUCCCGAGUGCCUGCAGGCGGAUAUAUGCCUCCACCUCAACACAAACCUCCUCCAGGGCUGUAAGGCGUUCCGCGGGGCCACCAAGGGCUGCCUCCGGGCGCUGGCCAUGCGUUUCAAGACCACCCACGCGCCCCCCGGAGACACCUUGGUCCACUGCGGAGACGUUCUCACGGCGCUUUACUUUGUCUCGCGCGGCUCCAUCGAAAUCCUCAAAGAUGACGUGGUGGUGGCCAUCCUGGGUAAGAACGACAUCUUCGGCGAGAUGAUCCACCUGUUCGCCAAGCCGGGGAAGUCCUGCGCCGAUGUGCGGGCACUGAGCUACUGCGACCUCCACACCAUCCAGAGGGAGGAGAUUCUCGAGGUGCUGGACAUGUACCCGGAGUUCGCCGACCACUUCCUCACAAACCUGGAGCUGACCUUUGACCUCCGAGACGAAACCACCAAGACAACGCACCCACAAGCAGCUGAUUCCAACGUGGAUGAAGUCAAGUGUGGAAGACGAGUGUCCUACAAAAGGAAGUCGUCCACAGGCUCCCACAACAAGGAGCCGGUGGCCACCUACUGUGACGCCAAGCAGGGGAGGCAGAUCUACGCCUCCUCACCAGCCAAGGAGAAGAGGGAGUCUACUGAGGAGGCUGAGGACCAGGAGGAGGAGGAGGAGGAGGAAGAGGAAGGCAGAGAGGAGGAAGAGGAGCAGAGGCCGUUGUGUUCUGGUGUUCUGGGCUACCCUGUAGUCAGGGACCACUCCCUGGGCUUCGGGCUGAGCAACGCUCCGGAUGCACCUGCUGGAGACAACACACAGGACCAGGCCUAUAAAGAUGCAGAGGAGUGGGUGCGUCAGCGUCCCAGAGAGAAUGCAGAGGAGCCCGCCCAGUGUCACGAGACCCCGGCUGGGGAGGACGACAGUGAUACAGACCUCACCUACGGAGAGGUGGAGCAGCGGCUGGACCUGCUGCAGCAGCAUCUGAACAGACUGGAGUCCCAGAUGACUGCAGACAUCCAGGCCAUCCUGCAGCUCCUCCAGAGGCAAACCACGGCUGGGCCGCCAGCCUACAGCACCGUCACCUCCAGCCCUGAGUACCAGAGACCAGCUGUCAGGGUCCAGCCGUUGUGUGCCAUCCAGACAGACCUGAGCCUCGGCCCUGCUCCGCCUCCGCCACAGAGCCCCGGCCCAGAGGUAACCCAGAACAAAUCCAAAGAAACCCCCCCGGUCCUCCUGCACACAGAGACUCUUCCAGAUGGGAACUUUGGUGGGCUGCUCGACAGCGACACAGACUCGGAGCAGAAACACACGAAAAAUGACGUGUGCUCUUUAGAGCAACACCACCAAAACCAUCAAGCGCCACCGCGGUUCCUGACAGGCCGACAAGCCUCUCUACCCAAUGUCCCCAGCAGCUCAGGAAUGUUGGGACUCCACAGGCCAGUUUCUGACCCGGGGCUUCCAGGAAAGUAGGCCUCGGCCCCCGACCUCUCGACAGUGACGGAAGGUCUUCUCUCAAGCUCGACUCAGGGUCUAAGAAAGAGACUGAAUAUGCAAAGGAAAACAAACUGUAGACUUUCUUCCAUUCCUUUUCGGAAACACUCCCAGGCCUAACGCUCCUUCCUAUUCUCUGAUUUAGAUGUAUAAAGUCCAUUUAUACAGAGGUAUUUAUACAAUAUAUUAUUAACAUUAUGUAAAGUCAUCAUCUGCUGUGUACAUACUUCAAAUAGAACACUGCCAGCAACACAAGGCACCUAAUGUGCUUUUUAUAUGCAUGUUUCAGUUCCUCAUGUUUUCUUUUCUUUUCUGUUGCAUGUUCCUCACACGCUGCGACCCACCGGGCGAUCAGGUGUGUCCCUGGCAUGCUCUCACACCACUGUAGCUCUCAAGUCUCAUUUUCUACGACUCUUCCCUCUUCACGGGGGACAAAAUCUACUUGAAACUCCGCCUGAGGCGAUUCUAUACUCCAGCUCCAAGGUUCAUCUUAUUUUUUCAGCAGCUCCAAGCGAUUGAUGCUGUUACAAACUCACAAAGAGAUCCGUGUGCAUAUCUAGCGUGCCUACCGUACACCACAUUGCCACAACACAUGAAAACCACUCCUUUGCUUUCAGCUGACAACUCACGAACACAAUGUAAUAAUAAUAUAAAUGUGCAUAGAGGCUGCGUGGACAGGGCACAGCACAACAAGACUUUUGUCUCCCCUUUGAGAGCAAUAAUGAAAAACCAGUGCAGGAAAACACACUGAACUCGGGUGUGUUUCUCGAGUUAAAUACACUUUCAAACUCGUUUUUCUAAGACCUGAUCCAAGAAAAACAGCAGCUCUUUGUGUCAGAUUUAAUUUAUAUCAAAUAUCCAACUACGUGUGUGUGUGUGAAUUUGACGAGUGGAGGUUCACUGUAAAUGUUCAAGACACAGUGGAGGUACCACAGAGCUGUCUGUGUCAUAUCAAUGUAAGCAUGUUGCAGUAAAUCUUGUUAUGGGCACUAAUGUCAAGGCAGUUUGGAGAUCGAAAUGAGGAGAACAAUUUUUUCCUUCAUCUUCUGAAUUUUAGGAACUGAUCUGAACUUAGAAUUUGGUUAUUUUGUUUCCUUUAUCACCUCAUGUUAAAAUGAAUAAAACGUUAAAAUAAAAUGCACUUCAACAUAAAAAAAAACACUUACAGAUAAAAUACAAGCACCUGUAGAGUAAUAAUCAUAGCAACACACUCAUCAACCACACUCCUACACUCCUGACAUUUUACAAGUUUCUCUGCCACCAAUAUUUCUAAUAAACAGCACUUUAUAUAUAAAAGAAAACAAAAUUAAGUUGAACAAAUAAUUUUCAUCUCCAACCUACCUCGACCUGAACGUCAUAUGUAUGUAAAAUAUUUUAACUGCUGGAAGGAAUUUUUUUGGGUUGCAUGCUUUAGGUCUUCCAUUAUCUUUAAAAUGUACAAUUUCCUAAAAAAAGCAUCAUCAGCACAGAGCAUCAUCUGAAUGAACACACAAGUUCAGCCUUCAAUAGCCUUAGCUUUAUUAGCCUUUAAUGACAUCAACCCAACACAGUAGAAACAUGCUCCUCCACCUUCACAGAUGUAAAUGUAUCUAACCAUGAACUGCAUGAGUUAAACGAUUUAGUCAUUUUAGUUUUUUUAAACAACUUCCAACAAGCGCUCAUGUAUUGCAUGGAGACUGCACUUAACUACGUUUUCAAAGGGUCUCAAGCAGCUGUGUGUUCAUGUGUCGGGUGCAGCCCAUAACUGCGCACACACAGAUUUCCAGAUAGUUUAAGACCUAUUUUUCUAAAAACAAAGUCUUUAAUUUGCCAUUAUUUUUCUAUGUGACUGAUUUGCUCUUUAAAAAAACCCUGAUGUAAGUUCAAGUGCCGAUGGUAAGACGAUGAAUGCAAUGCACAGCCUCUCGAUGUAGCAAGCCAGACUUAAGCAACGGGCAGCACAUAAAGCUAGGCGUCACAUCAAGUGCACGCUGUUCUGAGUAGUUUGUCUUGACGACUGAUGUGGCACAUUGAUUUUCGUAUCAUUUCUGCAUUGACUUCUCCCUCUGAGUUUAUUCAGCAUUUUGAAACAUGUAGGAGCAAAGGAAGGGUCUGUCAGAUGGGUGAGAAACAAUGAAAUGUUAUGAGACGCUUGUGGAGAGAGCUGAGAGAAAGCUUUACUUUCACAGGACAAUACAAAGUCUCCAGCAGAACGCGGGGUCCUCUCUUUUGCUUUUUCUGGACCACACAUGCAGAACAAAAGUUGCUAAAGCCUAAGUCAACAUGUCCGGGACCUGAAGACUCUUCUUCUGAACUUUCAUGGGAUUUGCAAACGUUUGCACAGAGAUUAGAAAAAAAUUGUAAAUGCUCUACUGGGUAUGAAGGUCACUUUUUAAAUCUAGUGCUGUUCACAAUUGUUUUUAUGCAUUUUUUAAAUGUUUGCCACUGUAUUUUAUACAAUGCAACACUUAACAGCUAAUUUGAAUGUUUUUGUUCUGAACUAUAUUAUGGAAAUUAAUUAUAUUGUGUAAAUAUACUGAGGGGAUAAAUACGCAGUUGUAUACAUUAAUAAACAGAAUGCAUACUGA